AUGGACACUCUGGACGAGAAGAACCACGUUUUCAACAUUCGGUUGGCAAAAAUUAUGGGUUUAUAUCAAAUAUUGGAUCCCGGAACAAUAAAAUGUCGUGGUAAAAACAUAUACCACAUUGCCGUAGCAUCCAUCGUGCUGUACUCGUGUGCCGUUUUGAUGAUGUUGAACGUUAGCGGUCUGUACUAUUGGACGGUCAAUAUGCCUAUAAGCGUGGAUUAUUUUUGGAAAGCGGAAAUUAUGGUGUUCAUAUGCUACAAGAUGUGGAUCGUCGUCCACCGCUCGGACGACAUAUGGAACUGUUUGUCGGUCACGCGCUACGGUCUCACAUCGUCCGGUCACCGGAACAACGGACAUAAUAAUAUUAUUAUACUGGAUUGUUGGCGAGAACGUUCGGUGUGGUUGACGACCGUGUUGGCCGUCGCGUAUUUAUCGGCGUUGGCCGUAUUCAUUGGCAGUACCCUGGCAUGCAGCGGAGAAUUAAUAACGAUCAAAAACCACGACGGUACGUCCAGUCAGUACCACCAGAACGUGUUGAAUUUCUAUUUAAUCGUAUCCGACGACACGUACAACGCACACUACAUCACGUUUUAUAUCGUCGAGACGUUCUCCGUCGUCUUGCUGACAAUACUAUUCCUCAUAUUCGACGUACUUCUGGUGACACUGUGCUUAGCUAUGUACGGCCAGAUGCAAAUGAUUUGCGUCGCGUUCCAAUCGGUCGGACACGAACCGCUUCACGACCACCCUUCCCCAUCUGAUUACACAGAUGAAAAAAAGAAGAUACCUAACAAACACGAUUUAAUAUAUGAUGAAUUAAUAACAAUUAUAAAGGAUCAUCAAGCAGUUAUGGAGAAAUAUAAAGAUAUUUUAGCUAUAAUUAGCAGAGUAAUGUUAUUACAAGUUUUUGUUUCUUUAUUCAUGCUCAUCAUGCCGUGGUUUAUUCUCAUAAUGAGUUUCUCAGACGUGGAUAGAUGUUCGGAUUCAAAAGUUGUAAUAAAAAACAUUAUUGGCUCAAUUCCUACAUUCACGUUUCAAAUAUUAAUGCUGUGUUAUUUAUUUGAAAAUUUACACAAUCAAAAAGAUUCAAUAAUAUUCGCAUUGUACAGAAGUAAUUGGACCGAAAUGGAUAUGAAGUGUAAAAAAUUGAUAUUAUUAACAAUGAAAGUGAAUAAUGCUUACCACAAAAAGUUAAGAUUUACUAGAACGAAAAUCAUAAGCUUAGAAAUGUUUUUUAGGAUGAUUGUUACUCAAUUAUAUCGGUUUUAAUACAUUAUAUAAAAACAAAAAAUGAAUAAAAUUUGUUCGUGUUUUUUUUAAUUAAGUAAUUUGGAUUUACUUAGAUAUUUAUCUUACUAUUAGAUUGUUAUCUACACAAAUCAAGAUCAAUUUCUACAAAACUAGUUCUAAUACUAGUUCUAAUCUACUAGUCCCAUAACUUAUAAAUUAUAACAUAUUAUUAUGGGUUACUUUUCAACUAUGCAAUGUAGGUACAGGUCACCAUCCUACGUAAUUGACGUAUUUAAAAAUAAAUAUCAAUCAUUAUUAGGACAAGUUGAGUACGUUUGUCAAAUAAAAGUAAAGUAUUAUUAUUAUAAAGUUAUUAUUUAGUAUAGACAAAUCCAUUUUGAAAUGGUGUCAUAUAAUAUUGUGUUAUAUAAUGUUCAGUUUAAAAAACUAUUUAUUUGAAGUACUAAUAUUCGUUUGUCUAAUAAACAACAACAACAACAACAUUAUCACUUAUCUAAUCGCAUUUUCCUUUUACGACUUUGCCUAUAACUUAUAAUAUUCAAGUUAUCAUUUCGUCCCAACGUAACGAAUAUCGUUCCAAAAAUACAAAAAAAAAAGAAAUCUCUCUACAUCUCCUCUCUCAUCAAGGCAGAAGAAAAGAAAACCAAAUUAUUCACAAGUCCAAAUCGGUUCUCCGUCCUCGCUAAGCGCUAUAACGUCGACUUGAACACAUCUACAAUCAACGUCCAAAUCCGCAAUAGCAAUGACAAAAUAAAGGUACUGCCUGUUUACAUUAAAAAUUUGGAAAAUAUCUCCACUUUCAUCUCUAGUCUUAUGACCAAAAUUCACUCAGCAAAUUUUAUUUGUAAAUUCAUGCCCUCCUAUCUUAUCAUCCGCACGCGUUUCGUUGGACAUUACAAUAUGUUACUAACGCAUUUAGAAGAGAAUGAUUUCAGUUAUCAUUCUUAUCGUCCAAGGAAAAAGCCCACCACACUGCUAUGCAUGCCUGUCUUAUGGACAUAAUUGGAAACACAGCUGCUACCAUGAUCCACGAUGUGUAAGAUGUGGGGAAAACCACUUCUCAGAUUCCUGUACCAAGUCAUGUGACUUUCCGGCCAGAUGUGGUCUAUGCAAUGGUAGCCACACCGCCAACUACAAAGGUUGCCCCAACUAUAAAAAACUUUAAGGUUUCAAUCCUCCAAUUAGGUGAGAUCCUCUCAUUUCUACUCCUUCACCUAAAAACAAUUUUAUACUAAGCCCUCUUUUGGUACCAAUCGACCAUCUUAUGUUCAAAUAACUUCCUCUGGUCAAAAUUAUUCUCAACUUUCUUCAAGUAUUGAAACAUUAUUAACCUCAUUUCUCUCCAAAUUCUCGAAUAUCAUAAGACCCCUCCUUACUUUUCUUACUUCAUUAUUAAGUAAGUCUCAAUUAUGGACAAAUUAAAUAUCUUUACUCGUUGUAAUUACGCUAUAUGACAUUGUUUACCUAUCUUGUGCAUUAUAUAAUAUACUAUUCAUAUUCCGCGCUCUCUUAUAUUUUGUAUAGUCAUAUUCUAUAUACCUAUAUAUUUUAGAUUCUGAGUGGAACGAUGAAUGUAUUGACUUUACAAUGAUGUGUGUUUUUUUUUUAUUUUUUAUUUUUUUAUUUUUUUUUGUGUCUGUCAUCACCUUUUAGGACAGUAAAAGUGACUUAUUUUGAGCUGUUUACGGACAUUGUCAGUUUUCAAUUUUUUUAGUUUUUUUUUCUAUAAAUAUCAAUAUAAUUUUAUCUGUUGAGUAAAAAAGCUUGAAAAUUUAAGAGAAGGCUCCUAGGUUAUUGUUUCAAAGGCAGAUGAAAAAAAUUAAAAAUCCUUAGUCACAGUUUUUAUUUAUAAGCAUUUAAAGUUCAAAUUUUGACAAAAUACUGAAAAAUCACGAAAAUUAGCUAAUUAUUUUGAGUUGAGAAUUCAUAAAAAUUUUUCUUUUUAAAUCUAAGAUUUGAAAAUGUAAUAUAAGAUUACUCAUCAGUUUGUCUACCUUUAUCAAAAAAAAAAAUGUCUACAAGAAACUUAAAUUAAAUCGUUAUGAACGUCUGAAAUUUAUAUUUUUACAACAUUUGAUAUUCACUCGAUUUCUCAUGUAACAAUUUUCUUAUUUUAUUGUAAUUAAAAAACGAAUGACUGUAGAUACUUGAAAACUUCACUGAAUGUUUAUAUUAGCAUUUUCUAUACACCAUACAAUUUUGAAAAUAUUUUGACUCUUUUUGAGCUGUUUACGGACAUUUUCAGUUUUGAAGUUUUCAAGAUGAAUAAUCUUGUAUUCCAUUGUCAAAUCUCAGAUUUAAAAAGAAAAAUUUGUAUGAAUCCUCAACUCAAAAUAAUUUGUUAAUUUUUGUGUUUUUUUCCGUAUUUUUUCAAGAUUUGAACUUUAAUUGCUUAUAAAAAAAACUGUGACCAAGAAUUUUUAAUAUUUUUUAAAAUAUAAGAUAAAAUAUAAUAUAUUUAUUUGUAACAAUACAGUAGAAGCCUGGUAUUAAAUUGUCAAGCUUUUUUAGCCAACAAAUAAAGUUUUAUUGACAUUCAUUGAUAAAAAGACUAAUAAAAUUGGAAACUGAAAAUGUUCCUAAAUAGUUCAAAACAAAUCAAAAUAUUUUGAAAAUGUUAUCGUAUACAGAAAAUGCAAAUAUAAACGAAAAUAUAAACCAGUGAAAAUUUCAUGUAUAUUUACAUUCAUUUGUUUUAGAGUUACACCAAAAACCUAAAUCGAUUUUGUGGAACACCGAUUUUGCGUAAAAAUUCCUGUUUUUCCUUCAUUUUUUUGUCGUUUUUCCUAUGGCUUUUGAAAACUAUUGGGAAUUUUGAAUUUUGACCUCCUCGCGCACCGAUAUUCACUUUCCCAUCAAACAAGAUAUUGAAGUUGAAAAUCGAUACAUUAUUUCAUCUACUUAUCGUGUACACAGACACACAAAAAAAAAAAUAAAAAAAAAAAGCACACAUCAUUGUAAAAUCAAUACGUUCAUCGUUUCACUCAGAAUCUAAAAUAAUAUUACAAAUAUUUGUCAAAUUAUCAAAUUAUUUCUGUAAUUUAUAAAUUACUUAUUUUGUGGAAAAAUAAUAAAUAAUUAAUCUUUAUUAUUUUUUUUAUCGCAGACUGUGGGUUAUUGUUAGUUGUUACACAAUUAUUUCAGUUUUAGUAAAUUAUAUCCAAACAAAUGUUGAAUAAAUGUUGAUCAUGUUUAUUUUAAAUGUAGCAAAAUAAUUGUACAUUGCUCUAAUUAUUAGUUUAUUAACUAUUUGAAUUUAAAUACAAUUAAUUUAAUUAGAAUAAACCUAGUUCUUAUAAUUAUCUUAACUUAUAAGUUAUAACGUAUUAUUAGGUAUGGUUAAUGCAUAAAAUAGAUAAUUAUGGUUAUGUAACUGUUUAUACUGAGUUUAU